AGAGUUACUCCACCUGCUGGCCCCAGAAGACCAUGCCAGAGACAGGGAGCUGAAGAGCAAGAGAAAGAAGUCCGGGCUGUUGUUGCCCGGAAGAGAGAGAGAGAGAGAGAGAGGAAGGAGACGCUCUUCCAGAUCCAGGCGCACCAAGAAGCCCAAACUUUGACAGGAAGCAAGCGUCUUCAUAGGCACAGCUUGCCUCCUUCAAGAAGGAGACUUAAGCAGAGAGGUGUGGAGUCUGCAGCCUUGGAUAAGCAGGCAUUGGUGAAACAGCCUCACAGCAGGCCACCCUGGGGCUGAAUGUGACCUGUGCAGAGAUGGCUAAGGUGAAUACCCAGUGCUCACAGCCCUCCCCGACCCAACUUUCAAUAAAGGACGCAGACAGAGAUCUCGACCACGUAGAGAACGGCCUGGGCAGGUCUCACUCACCAUGUGAGGAGACAUCUUCCACACUGCAGCAAGGGAUCGCCAUGGAGACCCGAGGACUGGCUGGAUCCGCACGGAGCGUAGUCACAAGCCAGGGACCAGCCAGGGUGUCACGCCUCAUCAUCUCGAUUCGCGCGUGGGCCUCCAGGCACUUACACGAUGAAGACCAGACACCUGACUCCUUUUUGGAUCGAUUUCAUGGAUCUGAGCUUAAGGAAGUCUCCACCCGGGAAAGCAAUGCCCAGCCCAACCCAGGAGAACAGAAGCCACCAGACGGAGGGGAAGGCAGGAAGGAGGAGCCCAUUGUGGUGGACCCCUCCAGCAACAUCUACUACCGCUGGCUGACUGCCAUCGCGCUCCCGGUCUUCUAUAACUGGUGUCUACUUGUAUGCAGGGCCUGUUUUGAUGAGCUACAAUCAGAGCACCUGACGCUGUGGCUGGUCUUGGACUACUCUGCAGAUGUCCUUUAUGUUGUGGACAUGCUGGUUCGAGCCCGGACAGGUUUCCUUGAGCAAGGCCUAAUGGUCAGAGAUACCAAGAGGCUGUGGAAACAUUACACAAAGACCUUGCACUUCAAGCUGGACAUCCUGUCUCUCAUCCCCACAGACCUGGCUUAUUUAAAGUUGGGCGUGAACUACCCAGAACUGAGGUUCAACCGCCUCCUGAAGUUCUCUCGGCUCUUUGAGUUCUUUGACCGCACAGAGACAAGGACCAACUACCCCAACGUGUUCAGGAUAGGGAACUUGGUCCUGUACACACUCAUCAUCAUCCACUGGAAUGCCUGCAUCUACUUUGCCAUUUCCAAGUUCAUUGGUUUUGGGACAGACUCCUGGGUCUAUCCAAACACCUCCAAGCCGGAGUAUGCACGUCUCUCCCGGAAGUAUAUUUACAGUCUCUACUGGUCCACCCUGACCCUGACCACCAUCGGUGAGACCCCACCCCCCGUGAAGGAUGAAGAGUAUCUCUUUGUGGUCAUCGACUUCCUGGUGGGUAUCCUGAUCUUUGCCACCAUAGUGGGCAACGUAGGCUCCAUGAUUUCCAACAUGAACGCUCCCCGGGUAGAGUUCCAGGCUAAGAUCGACUCCGUCAAGCAGUACAUGCAGUUCCGGAAGGUAACCAAGGACUUGGAGACUCGGGUUAUCCGAUGGUUUGACUAUCUGUGGGCCAACAGGAAGACGGUGGAUGAAAAGGAAGUGCUCAAAAACCUCCCGGACAAGCUGAAGGCUGAGAUCGCCAUCAACGUGCACCUGGACACGCUGAAGAAGGUCCGAAUCUUCCAGGACUGCGAGGCGGGGCUGCUGGUGGAGCUGGUGCUGAAGCUCCGCCCCACUGUGUUCAGCCCCGGGGACUACAUAUGCAAAAAGGGGGACAUUGGAAGAGAGAUGUACAUCAUCAAGGAGGGCAAGCUGGCUGUGGUGGCUGAUGACGGGGUCACCCAGUUUGUGGUCCUCAGUGACGGCAGUUACUUUGGGGAGAUCAGCAUCUUAAACAUUAAGGGGAGCAAGUCUGGGAACCGCAGGACGGCCAACAUCAGGAGUAUCGGCUACUCAGACCUGUUCUGCCUCUCCAAGGAUGACCUGAUGGAAGCCCUCACCGAGUACCCAGACGCUAAGAGGGCUCUGGAGGAAAAGGGUCGUCAGAUUCUGAUGAAGGACAACCUAAUUGAUGAGGACCUAGUCGCGGCCAGGGUAGAUACCAGGGACGUUGAGGAGAAGGUGGAGUACCUGGAGUCGUCCCUGGACAUCCUGCAGACGAGGUUUGCCCGACUCCUGGCUGAGUACAGUGCCUCCCAGAUGAAGCUGAAACAGCGGCUCACUAGGCUGGAGAGCCAGAUGAACAGGAGGGGUUGUGGCUUCUCACCUGACAGGGAGAAUUCCGAGGAUGCUUCAAAGACUGACUGAAAAUGCAGGUGGCUCUGUCUCCUGCUCCCCUGGGGCCAGCUCUCUGGGCGACACUAUAUAGCCUCGGGGUAAAGGGUUUGGCUGUGGUUUCGCCUCAGUGCUACUCAUCCUUUGGGAGUGGUGUGACAGCAAGGGAGAGCCUUAAUUUCCUCUCCUAUGAAAUGGGACUCAUGGCUGUCGGCCCCAGAAGUUCCAGACCUAUCAUGAGGUGGCAAAGGUGGUGGCUUUGGAAAGCGUGAAGAGUUCCCAACCCAGCGUAUAAGCAUAUGUGCACAUGAUUCUAAUGUUUUUAGUUAUGUUUGCAUAUGGGUAUGUUCAGUUGCUGGCGGAGGUCAGGAGAGGGCGUUGCAUCCCCUGGGCUGGAGUUACCUGCUGUUGUAAGCUACCCAGCAUGGGUGCUGGGAUCCUGUCUUCAUUAAGGUUACUACUGCUGUGAUGAAAUAUCAUAACCAACGCAAGUUAGGAAGAAAAGGGUUUUUUCAGCUUACACUCCACAUCAUAGUCCAUCACUGAAGGAAGUCAGGGCAGGAACUCAAACUGGGCAGGAAGCUGGAGGCAGGAGCUGAUGCAGAGGCCAUAAAGGGGAGCUGCUUACUGGUUUGCUCUUCUUAGCUUGCUAAGCCUGCUUUCUUAUAGAACCCAGAACCACAAGCCCAGGAGUAGUCCUACUUGCAAUGGGCUGGGCCCUCCUACAUCUAUCAUAAGUUAAGGAAAUGCUCCACAGGCUUGCCUACAGCUGGAUCUUAGGGAGGCAUUUUCUCAGUCAUCCUCUCAGAUGACUCUAACUUGUGUCAAGUUGACAUAAAAACCAACCAGCACAGAUCCAAACGUGUAGUCCUUCCCAUAUUUUUUGAGGUGAAGGUCCUGCUCUGUUACCCAGUCCAGCCUUCAACUCUCAUGCCCAAGUGUUGUCCCCAUGCUGGCCUUCCAAGUAGCUGGGACCACAGGCACACUCCACUGUUUCCAACCCAGCUAAGGUUUUUGUUUUGUUUUGUUUUGUUUUGUUUUGUUUUGUUUUGAAUGAAAUCCAUGGGAUGUUUAAGCCCCUUAUCCUAGCUAUGUUAUAAAUGGAUGUCUUACGGGGCUGGUGAAAUAACUCAGUGGUUAAGAGCACUAGCUGCUCUUCCAGAGGUCAUGAAUUCAAUUCCCAGCAACCACAAGGUGGCUCACAACCAUCUAUAGGGGGAUCUGAUGCCCUCUUCCAGCAGGUGGAUAUAUGUGCAAAAGAGCACUCAUACAUUAAAUAAUAAUUGCAAUUAAAGAUAUAUAUAAAUGGA